AUGAACAGUCAUACCUUUGAUGCUCCACGUCCAGCCAACUCUGAGCCCGGUUUUUCGCAUUUACGUGAUCAUGCGAUGACACCGGCGUCGGGUACUUUGGAUGCUUGCGAUGAAACCCUCGAAAGCCUCGAUGUUUCCGACGGGGGCGUCUCAAACACCGAAGUGGUCACCGCCUCCGAACCAAAGCCACCGCAUCUGGCCCUAGAGCCUUUCUUCGAGAGGACAUUGUCCAAUAGGAAGGCGGCUCCGAACGCAGGUACUCGGGAAAGGGACCUUCGAGGUCAGAAGCUUCAACUGGAUGAAAUCAUGGUCUACUACCGAGUGACUUCGUUCGUUAUAUUCAUCCCACCGAAUUUGGAGCAGGUGGUCUUGUCCAAAACACUCAGGGGCACAGGACGAGGCUCAGAGUCCACUCCUAACUGA